AUGUUAGAAGAACACGGUAUCACGUACGAAGUUAAAGGUAAAUGUGCCAUCAUCACUUUUAACUUACCUUCAAAAUUGAAUGCUUUAGGUGCAGCUCAAUACUUGCAAUUGGGUAAAUUUGUUGAACAAGCUGACAAGGAAGAAGAAACAGUGGCUACUAUUAUUCAAUCUACUGGUAGAUUUUUCAGUGCUGGUGCUGAUUUUUCUGACAAAAAGACUAUAAGUAAGAACGCUGCAGAGCUUUUCAGUCAUGAACAUUGGUUGGGUAGUUUUGUUGCUAGAAACACUUGGUUGACCAACGUUUUCAACGAUCAUUCAAAGAUAUUGGUUGCGGCUGCCAACGGACCAGUUAUUGGAUUAUCGGCUGCUUUACUUUUGUUGUGUGAUUUGAUUUAUGUCAAUGAUUUGAAGAAUUUCUACAUUUUGACUCCAUUUGCAAACUUGGGUUUGGUUACUGAAGGUUCUACUUCCAUCACUUUGGCUAGAAGAUUAGGUUGGUCAAAAGCUUCAGAAGCCUUGUUAUUAGCCAAGAAAAUUCCAGGUGAGGAUUGUGCCCAAAAUGGAUUAAUCAACAAGCAUUUCACUGGUCAAUCAAAGAGUACUGAAGAUUUCAACAAAGCAAUCUAUGAAUUGAUUCAAGACUCUACUGAAUCUUUACAUGAAGAUUCAAUCUUUGGAAUCAAGAAGUUGAUGAAACUUGGAAGAGAUCCAGCUAUCAACUAUGCCAACUCACAAGAAGUUGUUAAAGGCUUCAACAAGUGGAUCGAAGGUGUUCCACAAAUGAGAUUUGCUGAAUUGGCAAACAAGGAGAGAAAACACAAGAUGUAA